CGCAGGAGCCGCCGCGGGCUCCGCGCUCGCCCUUCUCCUCCCGCGGCGGUGGGGCGGCCCCGGGGGCGCCGUAGCCCCUCGGCGGCGGGGUCCCCCCGGGCUGCCGGGCCGCCACCAUGUCGAAAGUGGCGGCGGAAAGUUGCGGGGCGGCGCCGGCCGAGGACUUGUCCAAGGUGUCGGACGAGGAGCUGCUCAAGUGGAGCAAGGAGGAGCUGAUCCGCAGCCUCCGCCGCGCCGAGGCGGAGAAGAUGAGCGCGAUGCUGGACCACAGCAACCUCAUCCGAGAGGUGAACCGCCGCCUCCAGCUCCACCUCGGCGAGAUCCGCGGCUUGAAGGAUAUCAACCAGAAGCUGCAAGAAGAUAACCAAGAACUGCGAGACCUCUGCUGCUUUCUGGAUGAUGACAGGCAGAAGGGCAAGAAAGUGUCCCGCGAAUGGCAGAGACUGGGCAGAUACAGCGCUAGUGUUAUGCACAAAGAGGUUGCCUUAUACUUACUGAAGCUGAAAGAACUGGAAGUGAGGCAGGAAGAAGUGGUUAAGGAAAACCUGGAGCUGAAAGAAUUGUGUGUGUUGCUGGAUGAGGAGAAAAGUGGUGGAGCCGGCAGCCGGAGCUCUAUCGACAGCCAAAUCAGCUUGUGCCAGUUGACCACGACGAGCACUUACAUCCGAGAUGUCGGUGACGGGAGUAGUACUUCUAGCACGGGAAGUACAGACAGUCCAGACCAUCAUAAACAUCAUCCAAGUACUAGUCCGGAACAUCUUCAAAAAACUCGGGGUGAAGGAAGCCCUGAGCAUCAGAAACACAGGAGUAUCAGCCCAGAGCACCUCCAGAAGCCUAGGAGUUCUGGCAGUCCUGAUCACCACCUGAAAGGACCAAGUCCGGAACAUCACAAAACCAUUGUCAAAGCACCUGAACAACAAAAGCACAGCAGCAGCAGCCCAGAAACUCUUCCAAAGCAUGUUUUGAGUAGUAGCCCUGAACAUUUUCAAAAGCAGAGGCCUGGUAGCAGCCCUGAGCAUCAAAAGCACAGCAGUAGCAGCCCAGAUCACCUUCAAAAGCACACGCCGAGUGGAAGUACAGAACAUCUCCACAAAGUGAGGGGUACGAGCCCUGAGCAUCUCAAACAACACUAUGGAGGGAGCCCAGAGCAUCUCAAACACCUCAGUGGAGGCAGCAGAGAAGGUACCCUCAGGAGACAAGUAACAGAUGACCUGUCACCUCACCACAGAAGUAUAUACAAUGGAAUGAAUGAAUCAACCUUGUCCUAUGUUAGGCAGCUGGAGGCAAGAGUAAGACAGCUGGAGGAGGAAAAUCGCAUGCUGCCCCAGGAUCCCAUUAGGAUGCCAGGAGGGGCGGAGGGGAAUUACUGCUCUGCCAACGAGCCAGCUAGCGCCACUGGACAUGGCUCAGCCUCUCAGCAGUCUGACUCAGUGGUAAAUGCUCUGAAGGUUGUGUGGAGGAAACUUGGAGAUGCUGCAGGGUCGUGCCCUGGAAUUAGACAACAUUUGUCAGGAAAUCAGUAUAAAGGACCUAUGUAAAAGGCCCUGAGCAAGUCCUCUCUCUGAGAGAAAGAGUUUGAACUGCCGAUGAGAGAGAAAGAACUGAGUCUGUCCACAGCGACUUCCCAGCUGACAACGGGAUGUCUAUGCACUACACGAGACUUUGCUGAGAUUCUGCACAGAGGUCUUUGAGAAGAGCCGUGUUGUCAGCGUUCCCCAAUACUGCUGUUCCAGUAUACUGGCUAGUGAAAUGCUGCUGCUGCAUCGACACUUCAGCAACACCACAUUUAGAAGCACUGAGGUAUUUGCAUCCUAACUAAAAGAUAAUUGGGAUUCUGCAGGAGUUACCUAAAAUAAGUUUUAUUUUGGUUAGUUGCAGUGAAUCUCUAGUUAAAGUCUGAACAAAUUUUGCCACUGGAUUUAACAGAGAUUUUUCACCAGACUGGAGAGACAUUGAUAAACUGUGCCUUUGGUCUCCACAGUUUUGAGAAGGUCACUUCUGAGUAACUCACACUUCAGUCUGUAAAAUAUUGGUUAAUGGUGCUUAGGCAAUUUCCAGAUGAUUCUUUUUGCUUUGGUAGAAUACCUGUCUUUGGAGGUGCUAAAAGACCAUAAAGUCUCCUAACCAGCCAGUAGUGUAGCAUAACUACAGUACUUGUAGUGAAACGCAAUUUCUUUCUAAAUGAAAGUAAAGAUAGCUUUCUUUUUGAUUCACUUUGAUGCACAUCUUCUGAAGACGUGUACGAUGUUCGCAGCCCUUUAAUGAUCAGAAUACUUAGGUAUCACUAUUACAGGUCUCAAAUCAGAAUUUCCAUCAGAGGUUUUUUUUUUUUUUGAAAUAUUUUCCAGUUGUCAGGAUGCUAAUUUCUACUGUUUAAUUUAGAGACAUGCUGGUUUAUUUAACGAGAGUCUAGGAUUUAAGGAUUUAAAAGAUUGCACUGCAUUAUAAAAAAGCUUUUCUUGCCACUCUUGCGUUGUUUCAAAGAAAAAGGUUUUAUUAUACUCAGAGCAUGUCUUUCAUUAUUAUGAGGCAGAAAGGUGUCAUUCAGAUUUCCUGAGAUUUGACUAGACGGCGCCCUAGAUGUGCUUAGUUUAUUUUUAUCUAUGUGUAUGAUACUAGUUGUGUGUAUUGAAUUGCAAUGAUAGGUAUUUUGUGUAUAUCUAAAAGCAAUGAUAGUUUCAUGUAUGAAUGUGCAACAGGCUUGUGACUGAAUGCUGUUGCUUAACUUUUUACCGUAGCUGAGCAUCAAAAAGACUAAUAAAA